AUGGCAAAGCAUCAUCCAGAUUUAAUCUUCUGUAGAAAGCAACCAGGCGUCGCAAUCGGACGUUUAUGUGAGAAAUGUGAUGGUCGCUGUGUUAUCUGUGAUUCCUACGUGCGUCCUUGCUCACUCGUUCGAAUCUGCGACGAGUGUAACUAUGGGUCUUAUCAGGGUCGAUGUGUCAUAUGUGGUGGCCCUGGUGUGAGCGAGGCAUAUUAUUGCAAAGAAUGUACAAUUAUGGAAAAGGAUAGAGACGGCUGUCCAAAGAUCGUCAAUCUGGGAAGUGCAAAAACGGACUUAUUCUACGAGCGGAAAAAAUUCGGGCAUAAAAAGAACUAG